AUGCCUCAACCUCAGUACAACUCCUCCUUCGAAGACUCUUACGACAGUCGCAAUCAACCAUAUUCAUACAACGACGAUCCCCCGUACGCUCAACAUCCACCCUACCCCGCCGCCGACAAUUCCUUCGGUCAGGGCAAUCCAUAUUCAUCUCAAGGUCCCCCCAUACCCCCUCCACAUCGCGGCACCGACGGACGAAGCUGGGAACAAGGAGGACAUAACAACUCGGGUUAUUCAGACGCGACACCAGGCGCCGAUAACUUUGGGCUCCAGGCCGGAGGAGGAUUAACCGGAAUUGCCAUGUCCGUCGCGGAUGCCAAUGCAAGAGACAGUGGUCUUGAAGUCAUGAGAAACACACCUGGCUACGAUCCUGGAAACCAAAUGCCUCAUUACGGUGCACCACCAUCAGCCUCGCCAUAUGGCCAAUCUCCUUCACCACCUCAACACUCUUCCUCAUCACUAACACCGCUGGGAGCGGCCGCAUUCCCCCCCGGAAUCACCACCCCACAAUCAAGAUCUAUCAUAUCAAGAUCACCACCCACCCCAUACGUGGAGCCAUAUGUCGACCAACCAUAUCGUUAUUCGCAGUACAUUGAUCCUAACCUGGCAGAAUUUGACCCCAACAGUAUUGAAGAUGAUGGAGACGAUGGAUUAGAAUACAGACAGCGAGAACGAAGUUCCAUGAUGAGUCUAGGCCACAAUUCAUCUGACAAGUCGGUACCAACGGCGGCGGCAGGCGGCGCGGCCGCUGGUGGCAUCAUGGGCGCACUAGGUGGAAUGGUGGGUAAGAACGGAAGCAAGACUGGUCCACAAUACGAUCCUGUCAACGGACCCUACGGGCCGCACGAGUAUAAUCUGGGAGAGCAACAGGAGAAGAGCGAAUGGUUGAGCAAACAAUCCACAGGAAGCAAAAAACUGCGUCUUCUCGUAAUUUUCCUCUCAGUCCUAUUAGUUCUCGGCGCUAUUGCCGGUGGGGUUAUUGGUGGUAUUUUGGGCAGCAGAGGAAAGUCGAAUUCAAAUAGUUCGACGCCUUCUGGGGAUUCAGCGGCUGCUGAUGCUUCCCAAAAUGGAGAACUUGACAAAAACUCGGACGAGAUCAAGAAACUUCUUAACAACAAGAACAUUCACAAAGUAUUCCCUGGGAUCGAUUACACUCCCAUGUAUACACAAUAUCCGGAUUGCGUACACUAUCCCCCUUCUCAAAACAACAUUACUCGAGAUGUCGCUGUUCUUUCUCAACUUUCCAACACUAUCCGACUAUAUGGAACUGAUUGCAACCAAACAGAAAUGGUACUUACCGCGAUUGACCGUUUGGGAUUGAAUGGAACUACCAAGGUCUGGAUGGGUAUUUGGCUCGACACGAAUGAGACUACCAAUACCCGACAAUUGCAACAGGCAUACAAAAUCUUUGAAACCCAUGGACAGGCAUCUUUCGCCGGUGUCAUUGUUGGUAACGAAGUGCUUUUCCGAAAGGAUAUGACAAUUGCCAACCUCACCAACGUUAUUGACGAUGUAAGAAAGCACAUGGAUGCCAACUCGAUCAAAUUGCCAAUCGCCAGUUCCGAUCUAGGAGAUAACUGGACCCAAGCCUUCGCCGACAAAGUCGACAUCCUAAUGGCCAACAUCCACCCCUUCUUCGCAGGCCAAACCUCUGAAGAAUCAGCUGGUUGGACAUGGUCUUUCUGGCAAAACAAAGACAUUCCGCUGAAACCCGACAUUUCCAAAAACUACAUUGCCGAGACGGGAUGGCCUACAAAGGGUGGCAAAAACUGCGGAGAAGCGACGACCUGUACCACCGGCAGUGUAGCGGGCAUCACGGAACUCAACUCGUUUAUGGAAAGUUGGAUUUGUCCUUCUCUUACGAAUGGAACGAACUACUUUUGGUUCUCGGCUUUUGAUGAGCCCUGGAAGAUCAAGUUCAAUGAACCCGGCAAGGAGUGGGAGGAUCAGUGGGGGUUGAUGGAUGUUAAUCGCAAUUUGAAGCCUGGGGUGAAAAUCCCUGAUUGUGCGGGGAAGACUGCUCCUUGA